ACCGUUUGGACCAAUAACAGGCGUCGAUUCAUUGGCCACUCCAUCUAUCGCCACCUCAUCGCUACCUCCGCCGCCAUGGACUUGGACGCGCUCGCCUACAUUCCGUACAACCACCACUCACUUCCUGCCAUGUACACGGGUCUGCAGUCGCAGUCCACGUACUCCACGUACGCCUCGCUCUACAACGCGUUUGAGCUGUACUGGUUGUGUGCUGUUCCCCUUCUCAUGCUGGGCAUUCCGCUGUGCCUGUCGUUCAUCCCUGUGGAUGCUGCCCUCCGCACCGUUCUGAAACCGUCGCUUGCGUCCGUCAUCCUCCCUCCUCCUUCUCCUUCAACGUCGUCGUCGGCGUCCCCCACCUCUUCGAUCAAUCCAACGUGGAUCAUCCCAAGGCACAUGGCUGUCGUCAUGGACGGGAACCGGCGGUACGGACGUUCCAAGUACGGCGUUCCCAUGCGCGGGCACCACGACGGCAGCCAACGCCUCGUGGACUUUCUCAGCUGGGCCAUGUCCGCGGGUGUGCAGAUCCUCACCGUGUACGCGUUCUCCACAGAAAACUGGAAGCGCGACGCCGCCGAAGUGAAUGCCCUCAUGGGCAUCUUCGACUCGUUCAUGAUGGACAUCAUCCCCGAAGCGCUUGCCCGCAAUAUCCGCGUGCGCGUGCUGGUGUCGGACGCGACGCACUUGCCCCAGCAUGUGCAAGUAUCUAUCCAGGAGAUUGAGGCCGCGACACAGCACUGCUCGGCGUUUACACUUAAUAUUUGUGCCAGCUACGGCUCUCGGAAUGAAAUCACCAUGGCAUGUCGACAGAUUGCGAAAAAAGUUGCGUCUGGGGAGCUCAACGUGGACGACGUGACCGAGGACAUCGUGAGCCAGCACUUGCUUACUCGAAACUUGCCAGACCCAGAGGUCCUGGUACGGACGUCGGGCGAGUUGCGAGUGAGCAACUUCCUCAUGUACCAGAUAGCGUACGCGGAGCUCAUUUUCGUGGACAAGUUGUGGCCGGCGCUUACCCACGACGACUUUAUUGGCAUUUUAGCCGAGUAUAAUCGCCGCCAGCGUCGUUUUGGCAAAUAAUCGACUACAUAUCCAUGGACUACGUAUUAAAGACAAUUCAAAUUGUGUUUGCUUGUCAUAAAGCGAAAGCCAAC